GAAUUCAGUUUUCAUGCAGCAUUGGAAUUUGGAGGAUGAUCGGUUUCCAGUUUGUAUCCAUAAAUAAAACAAACCCCUUAUUUAUGUGAAAUUGAAUUUUGAUAAGCCUCUUAAGGUAAUUAACAUAUCCAUUCAAACCAGUUCUUGUUGAAAGCAUAAUUUUGUAUUGAGCUCUAAACUCAUGCUGUCUUCUAAAAAUACUUCUGUGAGCCACCAUUGUAGGACAGGCUGGUAUUUUCAUGCUUCAUGUUUUUCUACUGGGUCAUUACACCAGUCAUGGGAUUAUUUCUGCAUCUGCAUUCUGAUCAGUAUGACAUGUUUACAAAAGUCUGAAACAUAACACACAUUCCUUCCAACAACUUCUAAGAUUUUGCAACAGACAUUAUAUUUCCAAUAAGUAAAAUACUACUGUUUUGGUCAAUAUUUCAGAGCCAACAGUGGUGGUCAAUAAACAAGUGCAAAAGCAUUGAACAAUAUCAUCUGAUAUGGAUGUAAAUACCCUCAUUUUAAAGCUGACAGACUGCACCUCAACCUUAUAUUCAUUGUUUUCAUGGUUUUAGUUCAAAUCCAUUGUGCUGGAGUGCAGAGCCAACAGAACAAAUGUCCCAAUACUGCAUUUAACUUGAGUUUUUUUUGCAUUUUAAUUCAUUUUGAAUGACAGUCUUCCAUGGUGAUUUAUUAUUGCUUGUUUCUUUUCUUUUUGAAAAGACAGUACUGUAAUGUUUCUGGGGUCCUGAGUUCUGAGGGGUGUGCUGCAGGAGCUUCGAGCUCUUGCGCCAUGGAGGCAGGGGCCACGCCCGUCAACCCAGGCCAGGAGCAGGGACUGCGACGCCUCUCCUUUGCCUACCAGGGCCUCUCAGAGAUCCCCUACGACAGCAUCCUGGAGCAGUGCGAGACACUGGAAGUGCUGGACCUCAGCUACAACACGCUGGAGGAAUGAUAACGGAGCCCAGCUCUCCUGGGGGAACUGGAGAAGCUCAGCACGCUCAUCCUGGACUCUAACAACUACAAUUCCCACGUCAAGUUCCCCUACAUGCCCAGCAUCACUACCGUUUGGAUCAACAAGAACAAGAUCAGUAACCUGCCCAUCUUCGUGGAGGAAAUCAGCAGGAAGUUCCCCAAUAUAAAGAUUCUAAGUAUGAUGAACAACGAGGCGGCUCCCAGCUACUUCAAUGGAGGGACUUUGACACAGUACAUUGAUUACAGGCAGUAUGUGAUCAGUCAGAUCCCCGGUCUGGAGGUACUGGAUGACACAGAGGUGCUGGAGCAAGAGCGCAUGCAAGCUAAGAAGACCUACAGGAUGCAGAGGAUAAAAGACAACUGCAAGAGGAAGAAAGAGCUUCACCGCUGAUCCCAUCACAUCUGCCGGCUGUUUGGCUUUCCUCUGAACUCUGAAUUCUACUUUCAAGAUCUUUUCAUCUGAAACGGAAGACUGUGCAAUUUAAGAUUUAACAUAAAUAAUCGUUGUUGCUUGGAUUUUUGGUUCCAGAAGGGGGCGGGUGACUUAAAAGAAAUCUGAGAUUCUGUUUCUUUUUUUUUUU